UUUUCAAAUUAUCUUGAUUGCCAUAUUGAAAAAUGUACAUAAAACAAGGAAGAAUGAAGAAUCUAUGGUUGUCAGUCAACAUGGCGGCCCAGGAUGAAGUUGACGUAUGUGAAAGUUGGGAAGAUAUGGAUGAAAUUAUUGGUCUGGAACAGAAUAUCAGGUUAAACAGUGAGAGUCCCACAGAAAACCCGCCAGCUAUUUCUCUAAGGGAUUGCAAGGUUACUGUUGAAGAGAACGCGUGUAUCGGAUCGCAGUGCAUGAUGCCGGAGCCUGCUAUUCGCAUACUAAAAAGGCCAUCAUCUUCUGGCAGUGGGCAGUUAAACGGAGAGAAUCGUGCCCGACCGGUCAAAACUCUAGAGCAGAGGCAAAAGGAGUAUGAACAGGCUCGUCUCAGGAUCCUAGGCGAGGCUCGGAGUCCUGAAGAUAUUAUUGAUGAUAAACUCACCAGGCUACAAGACAAAUUACAAGCAAAUAAUCUUAAUGACAGUCAAUCAAAUAAUAAGAAAAAUGGUGAAAACGCUAAAAGUAAAGAACGUAAAGUGUUAUCUCGGCUUCCACCUGGAGCUACCCCAGCUGGAGUAUUUCCAUCUCCACCUCCACGAGGAGUGCUUGUUAUCCGUACCCCUCGUGGCCCUGAUGGCACCAAAGGUUUUCUAAAAAGGUAGCAAUACUUAAGUAAUGUUAUUAUUAGUUUCCAACUUUGACAUAAAAUAUUUCGAGUAAGUACUUGUUUGCGAUUUGUUUGAUUUCAUGUUUAGAAUAUGAGUAUACAAGUACAAUACUAAAGUUAGUGGUGUUCCAGACUGCAGUCACCUACAGUGAUGGUCCGUGCUUAGCUGCAGAGUUUUAGCUAUUAAUACAGACUGUUAUAUAGUAAAAAAUUUAUGGCACUACCCUAUCAUGUAUAAUUCUUAUAAAGGUAGAUAGACACUUGGCAGUAUCAUCAGCUUCGCUGACAGCUUAGAGCAAAUAUCUGUUUAGGACCAUCAAAUGGGUAUAUAUAUAUAUAUACUCAUCUGCCUACAAAGGCAAUAAAAAUAAAUCUGUUUCAUUUUUGAACCUAUAAAGCAUUUCAUUAAAAAAAUCGUGCUGGAACCAUAUUUAACAAGGUUACACAAUACGCCACUCUGACUUAUUUGGACCCUAACUUCUAAAGUGCACUUUGAACGUGUUUGAAUUUAAUCUGAUAUUUGAAUAUGAUGCAGAUGAUGAUAUAUAAAUGGUACAGUCAAUUGACUUAAUGUAUUCUAUUUUAUUUACAUGAGAAUAUUGACAGUUUUUAUAGCUUAAGGUAGGCAUUUUAAGACUUCUGUUUGCAACCUGAUAUUAUCAGGAAUAUUGCAUUGCCAACAUAAUCUUGAGCAUUUUUAUAUUUAAAUGUCAUUUAAAUAUAUUUAAAGUAUAUACAAAAAAGUUUAACGGGGAUAUAACACUGCAAUUUAAAAAAGAAAUAUGUGCACUUAUAUUUGAAACUAAUUGGAAUUUCAAAUUUAAAUCGCAGACUGUAUUCGUAAUAGAUUGAAGAGUGCUCAGUUGUGGGAACAAAAUUAUUUAUUGUAGUGAAACAUUUUAGGAUACUUAAGUGUAUUGAGAUUGGAACUGUACAAAAAUAUUAAGGUAUAAAAGAUAUUAUAUAAAAUUUAAUGCAACGACUUGUUCAUGUCACUUUCUCAGAAUGUUUGAAUUUAAUUUACAUGUACAUUAGAGCUUGGACCAAGAUUUGAGUUCAGAGUAUCAAAAGCUAAGUAAAGCUUAAUAAUAUUCAAACAUAUUUCAGUUAUUUAGUUAAUGAUCUCAUUAAUUGAGAUAAUGAAUAAUAUGAGAUAAUUGAGAUAAUGAUAAGAAAGAAUAUAGAAUAAUCUCGAUUAUUCAAUAAUUUUCUCAACAAAGCUCAUGUAGUUUGGUAAUUUAUUUAUGAAUACAUUAUUAAAUUAGUGCCAAACUAAUAAUAAUCGUAAGGUCUUCCAUAUGAAACCAGCAAUGCCUUUUUAAUAUUGUGAUCAUUUUCAAAUCAUAAAAUCAAUGCUAUUUAAACAAAAUGCCGAUGGUUGUCGAAAGUGCCUUAGAUGAGUAGUUAAGUGGAAACAUGAGAAAGUGACGUUUAUAGUUCAUGUAAAAUUCUAAAAAAUAAUUACUGUAGUCCACAAAAGCAAUGAAAUAUUUUUAUCAAGAUUAUUAUAUACCAUGCUAACGCUUUUUAAUUCACUAUCUGACUCAUCAUAGAUUAGACAAAAAGGAUACCAAAACGUGUGAUGAUUGAAAUCCAAAAUGAUUGAGAUUUGUCUAUGGUUUUUUGCCAUAGACGUUCUAGAGGUAAUCCUAGAUAAACUGAAUAAACCCUCAUACAAAAAAAUGUAUACCAUUAAAAAUUCAUGUUAUAGUUGCAUAGAUGCUUGCGAUUUUCUAAAUGUAUAUUAUAGUUAAGUUUUUAUUAACCUGUUGUGUGUCUUAAUUGUGUACAUAAAACUAAAUAUUUUUAUAACGUUAGUUUUAUAAUGAUCUUGUAAUAUUUGUAUUAAAGAUGAAUCCAGUCAGGACCUUAAUCCAUAAAGUGGGUUCGAUGUAAAUUUAAUACCUCAUCCGCUUUUUCUAAUAGCGGCUAGAGUAGUACUCUCACUCAUGGUGACCUGCCUAUUGUACAUGCAUGGUCUAGAAAGCUUCUGACGUGCAAACCGUCCUUAAUUAAAUGGAUCUUUCAAUUAUGGAACAAUCUGUGCUCGAGACUGACCAUUCUGAUACAUAGUAUAAUCAUUAUGGGAUCAAUGACAUUUUUUAUGGAUGCAACUCGCCCGCUGUAUUAUAUUUAAAUUCAAAUAUAAAGUUGUAAAUACACUGUAAGAGCAUCAUAAUUCAAUAAAUUGUUAUUAAACAUUAUAUUCAAGGAUUGUUUUAUGUCAAUAGAUUCACUCGCUAAGCUACGAAACGUUGAUUGAAAUAUCUGAUACAAAUAUUACACGAGUUAUACUUUUAAGGAAUGACUGAGACGGAAUGUUAUGAAAUGUCUAGUAAAAGUUUAUAUUGAAUUUUGACUUAAGUGCAUUUCAUUUUAUGUUUUAAUUCGCAUUUCAAUGGAAAUUGCCGAAUGAAGGUCGUGAAUAAAAUGUAUUCUAUAAUUAAAGUACAUUUAUUAAACAUUUUAUAAUUGGCGACUACAUAUACUUUAUAGUUUUCGUAUUUAUUGAAUAUUGUAAAACCCUAAAGAUGUUUUUAAUUGCGUUAACACACGGGAACUCCAUCGCAUUGAAGUACCUACUAGUUAAAUUUUUCUCACAAUUCUCAGGACAGGCCAUUUAUCUUUAUUUCGGAUUAUUUAGGUCUCGUUUGAGUGUGGAUCUUGGGCCUUACACGACUGCCUGUAGUCUUUUGAUUAACAGAAUGUGUUGUGGCUUACUUUAUUGUGAUGGAUGGAUCGCGGCUGGUUUUGAGACCGCUGGUUAAGGACACACGGGCGAAUUCGAGGGUUCAACUAUGAAGGGAUUGGGUAGGAAGGGAUUUGCUAAGCUAGUGCCCGAGAACCCACAGGUGAAGCCUAUCAGUUCAAGGGCAGCUGGGAGUGUAUAUACCAUUGGGUCAGAAUCGCAACCCGCUUAGAAAAUUCGGCGCAAAACUCAACGGUAUGAUUCCAUGGGCUAAGUUUUACGUCGAAUCCUAGCGUGUUCGAUAAUUAAGUCAAGGUUUAUGUGAAGAGUAAGUGUGUUCAAUGGGAUACAUGCCCGAGAUGAGAGCUUUCAGCUAAUUUGUUCAUAGUCUAAAAUUAACUGCAGACGACUUGAAUCCAGAUACAGAAUUAUUACGUCGGCAUCACCUUAAUUAAUCGCUAUUUGUCUGACACUUUUUCAUAAAGAGCGUACCCGUUAUAUCUAUACUACAGUAGUUAUGUCCUUUUUUAAAUUUACUACGACUCUGAAGACACUCGUUGACCCUUGGUAGGGCUUAUCCUGACUGGAGAUGCCGCACCCUACCCAGUCUCGAAUAUUGUUGCGAUUUAGUCCUCUGUAUGAUUGAAUUGCGCAGCCUGUCAUAGGGUAAGGGCACAAUAGUUUAGGGACUAACCGCUUCAAAGUUCAAGCCUUUUUUAUUGCCCACUCAUCCGCUUAUUCCCCCUGGAAUCGCUGUGAUUCUCGAUCCAUUAGAGGGUAGUAUGGUUAUUCGCACUUUUCUAUGUUAGUGUCUGAUGAUUUCUUCUGAAGAAUUACCUUAAUUAAUGCUGUUAUGGGCGUGAAGAACAGAUCUGCUGUUCGGCAGAUCUGCUGCUGCUGCUAUCGGCAAAAUAUGUUCAUAACACGAGAUAUGAUCUCUCGCGACUUUCCGUGUCACAUCGGUCGUAAUUACGCCUUAGUUCGGUUUUAUUAAGUUAGAUAAAUAUUAAUAGAGAAAGAGUGUUUUAAAUUGAAAAAAAAAAAAAACAUGUAGCUGUCGCCGCUACUUCAGUCCACUGAGUUUUAUUAGCUUUUGCUAGAUUUUAAAAUUUGACUCGCCACGAAUUCAACAAUUACUUUAAUUCUCUUGUUGAUUGAUUAUAGUAUAAAAUUACUUUCAUUGCGUAUAAUUAUAAAACGAACCAUUUAUUAUAUUCAACUUAAUAUGCGCUUUUAUAAAGUUUAUUUAACAACGCAUCACCAUAAAAGACGUCAUUAUUUUUGAGACAGCAAUGGAAUACGAUACGACAUUUUGUCUCGGCUUCUUGACAGUCUGGGUGUGAUUGCAAAAUCUUAGACCGUGAAUUUGCGUAGCACGAUUAUGUUAAUGGCUAAAUUAAAUGCGCCUUCCAAUAAUAGGCUUGUACGUUUUACUAUCAUGCUGAAAGUUAUCGAGGUAAAAAUACAUUGUCGUUAGGAUGCUCUAAAAUCUUCUAUACUUAAAUAAGUCAGCCAAUUUUCUUAAUUUUUUUUGAAAUAGCUAUUGUCGAGCUUUACGUAAAAACAAAAAAUGUAAAAGCUGUUUGUUGUUGAAGAAUAAAUGUUAGCAACAACUCAAAAGGAAUCGAAGUUUUGCCAGAGAUUAUGGUUGGAUUUCGGCCCCAGAGAUAACACUGGGUAUCAUUAAAGCAUCUUUAAUGAUACCAAGCAUAUAAAGCAUCUUUAAUGAUACCAAGAUACUUGACCGAUUGCCUUGUAGUUUCAGUGCAGUAUAGUUGCCGAACUACAAGUCAUUGAGGUUCGAGUUAAUGAUAAAAUAUACGACCGUGACUGAAUUUAGUCUAGGGAAAUGUUGAAUCGUCUCGCAUUGAGGUCGUAAUGUCUUGAUACAUAUUUAGGAUUUUCUGCAUUUAGUUCGGAUUCAUUAAAAAUUAAUUAUAGAUAUUGAUUUAAGUUGUAUUACGAAACUGCGAGCACAAGUAUAAAGCUUUAGAAGAAAAUUCUGACGAUUCAAAGUUUUGGCUCAAUGUAAAUAUUCAUUUUCGAUAAGUUAGGCAAACGAAUGGAGGUUUAGAAGUAUCGUGUGGUUCGCCAAUAAAAUUAGUCUUAAUUGUAAAAUGUCUCAUUGAGAACUUCAAUCAAAACGGCCUUAAUUUAGUGUCAUACUACUAUAUGUGUGCAUGCAUAUUAUCGACUCUAUUAGUCUAAGUAAUACGUAUUUUUUAGUAUUUAAAAUUACAUAUAUAUAUUUUAAUGGAAAUUAUUAAACUUUUGUUAAAAA